AUUUCUCCCGCUGGAGACAAGCAACCAGAACCCUAAACCCCCAAUAUUGGCAUCUUCAACCAAGUAGUCCUCCGUCUUCGCUCGUCCUGGACCAUCCGAAUAUCAAAUGCAUCUUUCUUUUCCACAAUUUGCUAACCUAAACCACUGAUCCAUCAUAUCAUCUACAGUCAUCAUUCACAGUUUCGAAUAAUGUUCUUAUAAAUAAAUUAAAAAAAAAAAAGUGUCUUUAAAUUAGUGGUUAUGCUGGGUUUGAACCUGAUUCCGACAAUUUCUUCUCUCUCUCUCUCGCUUUUAAUAGAUUCGAUCCCAGUUAUUGCAAUGUUUAUCAACACAGUGUUGUUGAUAUCUUUCUUGAAUUUGCUGAUAUCUUUCUUGAAUUCUAUAAAUGUCAUCAACAACAAUGGCAAGUUCGUUAGAGCAACAGAGACGAUUACAUGGCUCAACAAUUCCCAGAUUCAAUCGACCACGAUGAUGUGGCGCUAAAAAUUGCCGAUGAAUCUGGAGACAAUUUCGAUUUGCUGAAGCAAACUCAUGAUCCAAUUCCAAGACGGACCAUAAAAUUUUCCGAAAUUCAAGAUGAUGAUGAUGAUGAUGAUGCUGAUGAUGAUGAUGAAGACGACGAUGAUGAUUCGGUUCCUGGAAAGGCAAGGAUGUUCAUGUCUCGGAGCAAAUCGAGGCUUGAAGAUCGACACUGUAGAUAUAAAAGACUGUCGACAACUGACAAGGAUUGCAAAGAGGAUGACCUGUUCUUGGACGAAGACGAAGAUAUAUUUGGAGAAUUCGACUGGAAAGACGCUUUAACAAUCGUUCAGUGGGUAAGCCUCUUGUUAAUUUUGGUUACAUUGGCUUGUACACUUACAAUUUCUCACUUGAAGAAUCGAAAGCUGUGGGAACUUUAUCUAUGGAAUUGGGAAAUUUUGAUUCUGGUGCUAAUUUGUGGCCAUUUGGUCUCUGGUUGGAUGAUUCGAGCUCUCGUGUUCUUUAUUGAGUGCAAUUUUAUCUUGAAGAUUAGGGUUUUGUAUUUCGUGUAUGGGUUGAGAAAGUCGAUUCAGAAUUUCUUGUGGUUGGGUCAGGUGUUGUCGGUUUGGCAUUUCAUUUUAGCUGAAGAGAUUGGGAGGGUGACCAAACAUGGCGUUUUGCGGUAUGUAACCAAGAUUUUGGUCUGUCUUUGGGUUGGUGCAUUGAUAUGGCUCUUCAAAACCCUGGUUGUUAAGGUCCUUGCGUCGUCGUUUCAUGUGACUGCAUUCUUCAAUCAAAUUCGGUGCUCUUUGUUCAAGCAAUAUGUGAUUAAGAAGCUCUCCGGGUCUCCACUAGCUCAAGAACAGAGUGAACCCGAGAUGAAGAAUCCCAAGUUAUCAAGGAGGGUGUCUAAGAGACAAGAUAAGAAGAUCACCAUUGAACACCUAGAGAAGAUGGAUCAGAAGAAUGUUUCGCCUUUGAGGAUGAAGAGGUUGAUGAGAGUAGUGCAAAAUGGGAGUCUGUCUACUUUGGAUGAGGAAUUACCUUCAUCAACUGACGAGGAUGAGGCUUCGCUACGAAUUAAAGAUGAAAAAUCUGCAAAAGCUGCAGCGAAGAAGAUAUUCCGGAAUGUGGUCGACGCAAGGUCCAAAUACAUCUACCUAGACGAUUUGAUGCGCUUCAUGAGUAAAGAUCAAGCUUUGAAGACCAUGGAUCUUUUUAAAGGAUCAAAUGAAAACAAGGGAAUCAACCUGGAAUCUCUCACUAAAUGGAUGGUUGAUGCAUUUAAAGAAAGGAGGUCUCUUGCAUUGUCUCUAGAUGAUACAAAAACAGCAGUGGAUGAACUUCACAACAUAUUGAAUGUCAUUGUAACCAUCAUCAUUGUGAUAAUCUGGCUUUUCAUAUUUGAUAUUGCCAUAUCCCAUUUUCUUGUGCUGGUUGGCUCCCAGCUUCUUUUGGCAGUGUUCAUCUUUGGGGACACGUGCAAGAGAAUAUUUGAGGCAAUUACAUUCUUAUUUGUGAUGCACCCAUUUGAUGUGGGUGACCGUUGUGAAGUUGAUGGAGUGCAGAUGGUAGUUGAAGAGAUGAACAUAUUAACUACAGUGUUUCUAAGAUACGAUAAUCAGAUGAUUAUAUACCCGAAUAGUGUUCUAGCAACAAAGCCCAUAAGUAAUUACUUCCGUAGUCCAGACAUGUUAGAUUCAGUUGAAUUCUCUAUUCACAUCUCGACUCCAAUGGAAAAGAUCGCCAGUAUGAGGAAAAGCAUAAUAAGUUACAUUGAUGAAAGGAGUGAUCACUGGCACGAGGCUCCAACUGUACUGAUAACAGAUGUGGAGGACAUGAACAGAGUAAAGAUGGUGGUGUGGGUUAAACACAGAAUGAACUUUCAGCAUAUGGGUGAGAGGUGGGUUAGGAGGGCUUUACUGGUUGAGAAGAUGAUCAAAGUGUUCCGGGAACUUGACAUUGAAUACCGUAUGUUGCCUCUUUACAUGAAUGUCCGAUACAUGCCUGCAGUGACGUCAGACAGGCUUCCGACAACCUGUUCUGGCUGAUUGUACAUUGAGAUCUUAGCAGCAGUGCUCUCUCUCCCCUCUUUGGAACGAUGCAAAAGUAAAUGAGAAUUGUUGAGGUUGAUGACAUGAUUUGCCCAUGAAAUGUUAGCCUUAUAACAAGGUUAUUUAUUUUAUACUAUUUUUAUUAGGUCACUCGGGUGAAAAAUCCAAUCCUGUAUUUUCUA